AUGGAAAGGGACUCUGAGAAUGGUAAUGAUGAGAACAUUAGCGUUGAUAGUGGAAUCCAGCUUGCUUUAGAUCCAGAUCUUAUCUCUCUUCCUUUGAAUAGUUCUACAGUGACGCCUGCAACGACUAUAGCGGAUGCAACCGGCGAUGACAAGUUAGAUGGCCAGAAAACCACUGCUAAUGCAUCCGAGAAUCUAGUUUUCCCAAUGGGUAGACGCAACAAUGAACAGGCUCUGUUUCGGAAUCCAUACGCAAUUUUUAAGCAGAUGCCUAUGCAGGAGUUUAUUCCGCUUUUAUUGCAUCAAAGAGGACCAGGUUUUAAGUUUGCAGAUCUGUCUGAGAAGGAUCUAAUUGAGGAGAUUAAAAAGGAGCAACAGACUACGGCUGCGGAAGAAACUGCUCUGCCUGAAUUGUCAGCGGCGGAUCAGGAUGACGACAGCGCAAUGGAUGUGGACAGCACAAGCAACUUAACAAGGGAGACUGAUGGUUCAGGCAAAGAUGAACACAGUAGAGACCGCUUUGAGGAGGAAGAAGAGCUCAUGUCUCAAGAGCAGUUUUUAACUGCUCGAAAGGAAAUGGUGGAGCACGUCAAUCUUGCUCUGAAUGAGUCAUCACUAGCGCUGGAGUUUCUCUCCCUGCUGCUCUCAUCUGUUAGAGAAUCUGCGGGCACUGCAUCAAUGUCACCUUUCCUGAAGAAAACUGUGCCAGUGGGCUCAUUAAACAGUGAUAAACUGCCGUUGGCUCACCAAACAAGAGAAGAGAUCGUGUCGUCGGAGAUAUUGAGUCGAGGAUGGAAGUUAAGGAGCCUUAAUGAAUCACGCUCACUUCUGAAGGAGAAAUAUUCAAGCUUGUGCAAAAUCAUAGAGAGAGAGCACCAAUACUGGACAAAGAUUUCUAAACACACAAGCAAUAAGGACGUCCUAUUUAAGAUGAGAGAUAGAGUAAAUGGAAUGAGAUUGCUUGGAAUCAAGUACGGCUAUGAAGAUUCAGGUUCAACGUAUAAGCAUGAUAGGGGCAUAGCUGUAUUGAGAAAUAAUCCGGAGCUUAAUAUUCUGGAGUUGGUACCUUCUAAUACAACGGAGACAUCCGAGGUAAACCACAAUGAGAGGUUUGUGAGGGUGCGAAUAUUUACUAAGAUAGCCUCCGAGGAUGAUUACAUCCUGACUGGAGAAAGCUCAGUAAAUAAGCUUUUUUCAAGUCAUGACAAUUUUAAUGGCUUGGAAGAUAUCGAGAAUCAGAUCAACAAAUUGAAAGCGUUUGCAUUCGAACAAGAGCUCAUGUAUCAAUUGAAAAAGGAAAGCUCUCGACUGAUAUCUUAUGGGGUGACGAUAGAAAGCGAGAGCAAGAUUGUUAUGGAACUUCCUAAUGAGAAGUUCGAAGUUGAACUCAUCUCACGAGACGAUAAUUCGGUAGUCAACCAUGACCAGGACGCUCCAAAGGUAAAUGAUAGGCGGGCUACGCUGAUGGUAACCACACUACGGCUUUUGCUUGUUGUUAUGUUCAAAAAGAACUUGAGGCAAAGGCUAACGUCUUCUACAAGACCCCAGUCUUCCAAGGGUUUCAAAGAUGUACUGCUCUUGAGGCCUAUUCUCGGCAGACUCAGACAUCAUAACUAUAAGAUUCUGCUGAAGAAAAUCCUGAGAGAUUACGUCCUGGACAUUAUCGAAGGCUCCUCAAUUAACGAAUUCUCGUCUGAUAACCCUAAAAGCGGUGCAACAAAAGCUUUAGAUGACAACAUUGCGAAAUUAUCCAAAGAAAUAAAUGCUUUCGGUUGUCUACUGAAUACUAGUAGCACCAGUUUCAGGGUUGACGUUCCUGGUAAAGGCACACUACUCCUCGUUUUGGAAAGUCCAAAUUACUGUAAUGCCGUGGUAACGAUAAAGUUCGAAAGCUCUUCAAAUAAAGUAUCUUUUGAUACAAGUUUCUCAGAAUUCAAAGAGAUCGAAGAGUUUCUGCAUUUCGUUGUGACAGAGUACAUGAAAGAUAAGGAGUCGGUCAAAAGAGAAUAA